AUGACCUCGGUGGAAGCUCAGCUCAGGGGUGUUGCCAUCCUCGGGCCCCUCAACGACCAGACUCGCAAGAUCCUGACCAAGGAGGCUACAGCUUUCCUCGCCCUCCUUCAUCGCACAUUUAAUGGCACCCGCAAGGCCCUGUUGAAGAGACGUAUUGACCGCCAGGCCGAAAUUGAUAGAGGCGCCCUUCUCGAUUUCCUGCCUGAGACUAAGCACAUCCGCGACAAUGAUACAUGGAAGGCUGCUCCCCCCGCACCGGGACUUGUUGAUCGUCGUGUCGAGAUUACGGGCCCAACCGACAGGAAGAUGGUUGUCAAUGCUUUGAAUGCCGAUGUUUGGACCUACAUGGCCGACUUUGAAGACUCAUCUGCUCCAACAUGGGAGAACAUGGUCAAUGGUCAGGUGAACCUUUACGAUGCCAUCCGCCGUCAGGUAGACUUCACCCUCGGCGGCAAGGAGUACAAACUCCGCACCGAUAGGAAGCUCCCCACACUCAUUGCCCGUGCUAGAGGCUGGCACCUUGAUGAGAAGCAUUUCACUGUUGAUGGAGAACCAAUCUCCGGCAGUUUGUUUGACUUUGGUCUGUACUUCUUCCACAAUGCCCAGGAGCUUGUUAAGCGAGGCGCUGGCCCAUACUUCUACCUGCCCAAGAUGGAAUCUCACUUGGAAGCCCGUCUGUGGAACGAUGUCUUCAACACCGCUCAGGACUACAUCGGUAUGCCUCGAGGUACUAUCCGAGGUACCGUCCUCAUUGAAACCAUCACUGCUGCCUUUGAGAUGGACGAGAUCAUUUAUGAAUUGAGAGACCACAGCUCUGGCUUGAACUGUGGACGAUGGGAUUACAUCUUCUCCUUCAUUAAGAAGUUCCGUAACAACCCCAACUUUGUCCUUCCCGACCGCGCCUCUGUCACCAUGACCGUACCUUUCAUGGAUGCAUACGUGAGGCUGUUGAUCAAGACCUGCCACAAGCGAGGUGUUCACGCCAUGGGUGGUAUGGCUGCUCAAAUCCCUAUCAAGAAUGAUACCAAGGCAAAUGACAUUGCCAUGGAGAGUGUUCGUGCAGAUAAGCUCCGUGAAGUCCGUGCUGGCCACGACGGAACCUGGGUUGCCCACCCAGCUCUUGCAUCCAUUGCAUCCAACGUCUUUAACGAAUACAUGCCCACCCCUAACCAGCUCUUUGUCCGACGAGAGGAUGUUCACGUCACCGCCAAUGAUCUCUUGAACACUAACGUUCCAGGAAACAUCACCGAGUCUGGCAUCAGGAAGAACCUGAACAUCGGUCUUUCUUACAUGGAGGGAUGGCUCCGUGGAGUCGGCUGUAUCCCAAUCAACUUCCUUAUGGAGGACGCUGCUACUGCUGAAGUUAGCCGAAGUCAGCUCUGGCAGUGGGCCAAGCACAAUGUUCCCACCGCUGAGGGAAAGAGAGUUGACAAGGCAUAUGCACUCAAGCUGCUCAAGGAGCAAGCUGAUGAACUUUCUGCCAAGGGUCCGAAAGGCAACAAGUACCAGCUCGCUGCCCGCUACUUCUCCGGUCAAGUUACUGGAGAGGACUAUGCUGAUUUCUUGACCACGUAA